CCUCUACCAGGAUACGGCCACGCACCGUCGAUGAUCCCCAUGCAGCGAAGGCAAAGUAUCCGCUGUCAUUUCCGAAAAGGCAUAAACUGGUGUAGUUGGAAACUAAUUGCCAUAGUAGUUAUAAUGGUCUCUCUCUGCCUCACAGCAGCUCUUACCUAUGUAGCAGCUUCCAACAUUGUGAACUGGUCUUAUCAAGGUACGAAAGCAUGUACCGUCCUGGUCGGCGACAAUACCGACACGAAGUCAAUUUUGUCCGAAACAAACAAAACUUCUCCUUCAUCGACCAUGUCGUCAAGCAAACCGAAGCAGCAGUCUUCAUCCUCAGGAGGUGGAAGAACCUUUCCAGCAAGGUCAUUCCCACCGGAUGGAACGACGUUCGCCCAAGUUAGCCUUGGGCAGCGGCUGAACAAGCAGAUUCCAGCGUACAGCUACUGGAAUAUGCAGUUUUAUCAGUCGGAACCAGCCUAUGUACGAUUUGACUAUAACAUUCCACGUGGUGCUAGUAUAGGUGUCUACGCAAGAAGGAACGCACUUCCAACGCACACGCAGUAUGACCUUCUGGAAGUGUUAAGUGGAUUUAAAGCUCGUACCACUCGGGCAUCUCAUCCCACUAUAAAAAAAGAAGUAACACAUUAUAUGGAACCCGGUCACUGGUUCCUUUCAUUAUACAACGAUGAUGGAGAUCCUCAAGAGGUGUCCUUUAUUGCCGUUAUAGCUGAAGAUAUGACACACAACUGUCCAAAUGGUUGUAGUGGCAAAGGAGAAUGUUUAUUGGGACACUGCCAAUGCAAUCCGGGAUUUGGAGGUGAAGACUGUAGUGACAGCGUGUGUCCAGUUCUUUGUAGUCAACGUGGCGAAUACAUAAAUGGGGAGUGUCAAUGCAAUCCUGGAUGGAAGGGAAAGGAAUGCUCUCUGCGUCACGAUGAAUGCGAAGUGCCUGACUGUAACGGUCAUGGCCAUUGCACUAACGGAAAAUGCAACUGUGUAAGGGGGUAUAAAGGAAAAUUUUGCAAAGAGGUUGACUGCCCUCAUCCAACCUGCUCAGGACACGGUUUCUGUGCCGAGGGCACAUGUAUAUGCAAGAAAGGCUGGAAAGGUACAGAUUGUAGUCAAAUGGACAAGGAAGCACUACAAUGUCUUCCAGAUUGCAGCGGCCACGGCAACUUUGAUUUGGAAACACAGACUUGCCUUUGUGAGCCAAAUUAUUCAGGAGAUGACUGUUCGAAAGAAUUGUGCGACCUGGAUUGCGGCUCCCAUGGCCAUUGUGUAGACAACACUUGCGACUGUAUACCCGGAUGGUCUGGCGAUGUCUGCAAUCUGAAGCAAUGCGACACCCGUUGUAAUGAACAUGGUCAGUGUAAGAAUGGCACAUGUCUUUGUGUAACAGGGUGGAAUGGUAAACAUUGCACAAUGGAAGGUUGUCCUAAUUCAUGUUCUGGUCAUGGACAAUGUAAAGUCAAUGCGGAAGCACUGUGGGAAUGUCGCUGCUACGAUGGUUGGGACGGAAAAGACUGCAGCGUGUUGCUCGAACAGAACUGCAACGACGGCCGCGAUAAUGACAAAGAUGGUCUUGUUGACUGCGCUGAUCCGGAGUGUUGCUCUAAUCACAAUUGUCGCAGCAGCCAACUCUGUGUGUCUGCACCGAAUCCGAUCGACGUUCUCCUUAGAAAGCAAUCACCAGCCAUCACCGCAUCUUUCUUUGAGAAAAUGAAGUUCUUAAUAGAUGAGGGUAGCCUACAGAACUAUGCUCGUCAAGACACUUUCAACGAGACUCGAUCAGCUGUAGUACGUGGUCGAGUAGUCACAUCCUUGGGUACAGGAUUGAUGGGAGUUAGGGUCAGCACUACCACCGCUCUGGAAGGAUUUACUCUAACAAGGGACGACGGAUGGUUCGAUCUUCUAGUCAACGGAGGAGGUGCUAUAACGUUACAGUUUGGUAGAUCGCCCUUUAAACCUCAGAGCCAUAUUAUCUACGUACCCUGGAAUGAGGUCGUUAUUGUGGACAAAAUCGUCAUGAGUACAGUUGAUGAGAAGACAUCCGUACACGUUACUCAUGCCUGUGCAGCGCAUGACUAUGAUUUGAUGAAACCGGUCAUUCUAGCAACCUGGAAGCAUGGGUUCCAGGGCGCCUGUCCGAACAAGAGUGCAAUACUUGCCGAGUCUCAAGUUGUACAAGAAAGUCUUCAAAUCCCUGGAACCGGUUUGAAUCUUGUGUACCAUAGCUCUAGAGCAGCUGGUUACCUUUCCACCAUUCAGCUCCAAUUGACACCAGAAAUCAUAGCUCCAACUUUAAAACUAAUUCACUUAAGAAUCACCAUCGAGGGGAUUCUCUUCGAGAAAACCUUUGAGGCAGAUCCAGUUAUCAAAUUUACUUACGCUUGGAAUCGACUAAAUAUCUAUCGGCAACGUGUUUAUGGGGUAACAACUGCAGUAGUGAAGGUCGGAUAUAAGUACAGCGAUUGUAAAGAUAUAAUAUGGGACGUUCAAACCACCAAAUUAAGCGGCCACGAUAUGUCCAUUUCGGAAGUAGGAGGUUGGAAUCUUGAUAUUCAUCACAGGUAUAACUUCCACGAAGGUAUUCUACAAAAGGGAGAUGGUUCUAACAUUUACUUGAAACAUAAGCCUCGAGUUAUUCUGACAACAAUGGGUGAUGGACAUCAGCGACCCCUCGAUUGUUCUGACUGUGAUGGUCAGGCUUCAAAGCAGAGACUCCUUGCCCCAGUUGCUCUUGCUACUGCUGCCGAUGGUUCCAUUUAUGUUGGAGACUUCAAUCUGGUCCGAAAAAUCCAUGUCGAUGGCUCCGUCAAAACUGUUAUAAGAUUAAACGCGACGAGAGUCUCAUAUCGUUAUCACAUCGCAUUGAGUCCUCUUGAUGGAUUCAUCUACAUUUCUGAUCCGGAAUCACAUCAGAUUAUCCGUGUGCGUGAAACUAGUGGCGACUUUGACCCAGAUCACAACUGGGAAACGGUUGUCGGUUCGGGCGAGCGUUGCCUCCCUGGAGAUGAAGCUCAUUGCGGCGAUGGAGCUCUUGCUCGAGACGCAAAACUGGCUUAUCCGAAAGGAGUUGCUGUUUCAGCGGACAACGUUUUGUAUUUUGCUGAUGGAACGAAUAUCAGAAUGGUCGACAGAGAUGGAAUUAUAACCACGGUAAUCGGUAACCACAUGCACAAGUCUCACUGGAAGCCAAUCCCUUGCGAAGGUACGCUCAAUGUUGAGGAAGUCCACCUCCGUUGGCCGACUGAAUUGACAAUUAAUCCCCUCGACAACUCUCUUCACAUGAUUGAUGAUCACAUGAUUCUACAGCUUGCCCCCGACGGUCGUGUAAAGGUCAUAGCAGGUAGACCAUUGCACUGUGCUUCACCAUUGUCGACUUUCGACACAGAACUAGCAACUCAUGCCACCCUCGUCAUGCCACAAAGCAUUGCCUUCGGUCCAUCAGGUAAUUUGUAUAUUGCCGAGAGUGACUCUCAAAGGAUUAACAGAAUAAGGGUGAUCGGAACCGAUGGAAAGAUUUCGCUUUACGCUGGAGCGGAAUCCAAAUGUAACUGCCUCGAACGUGGAUGCGACUGUUUCGAAGCUGACCACUAUUUAGCUUCCACUUCUAAGUUCAACACCAUCUCUGCUGUUGCUGUGUCUCCUGAUGGCAUUAUACACAUCGGUGAUCAGGCGAAUUACAGAAUCCGGUCCGUUAUGGCCAGUAUACCAGACGCGAGCAUGGUCAGCAAUGCAAGGGAAUACGAGAUUUACUCUCCAGACACACAAGAAAUUUAUAUAUUCAAUCGCUUUGGUCAACACGUUGCCACGAAAAACAUUCUCACUGGUGAGACGAUCUACCUUUUUGCAUACAACGUCAACACAAGCAAUGGAAAACUAAACACAGUCACGGAUGCAGCAGGGAAUAAGGUAUUUCUCCUAAGAGACAAUAGAGGACAAGUAAAUUCCAUUGAAAAUACCAAGGGCCAGAAGUGCAGACUGCGAAUGUCUAAAAUGAAGAUGCUUCAUGAGCUCAGUACUCCCGACAACUACAACGUAACUUUUGAUUAUCAUGAACCCACUGGUUUACUAAAGACGAAACUAGACAGCACCGGUAGAAGCUACGUGUACAAUUACGACGAAUUCGGAAGACUCAUACGUGCUGUGACCCCAACUGGCAAAGUAAUCGACUUAGCAUUCGACCUUAGCUUGAAAGGAGCAACAAUAAAACUCGGACAAAAUAACCGAAAGUCGGUGUCAAUGUUAAUCAAGGCUUCUUCAGUUAUCACGAAAGUUGGUGAGGCCGAACAACGAAUAAUGGUUCUCGCAGAUGGAAGCGUUGGAAGAAUUACUUCCUGGGCGCACACUAUUAGCACUGACACUGUGCCUUACUCUAUAAUGGCGGAGAUCGAACCUCUCCUGGGUCAGAGCUACCCAGUUCCUGCCAAACAGAGAACCGAAAUUGCUGGUGAUUUGGCUAAUCGCUUCGAAUGGAGAUAUUACUUAAGAAAAGUUCAGGGUAACAAGAACCGUGGAAACGCGAAAAUAGUCGCUCAAGUUGGAAGAAAGCUUCGAGUAAAUGGAGAAGUACUACUUUCAUUGGAGUAUGAUAGAGGCACAAACACAGUUGCGGUUUUUAAGGACGACCGGGUUGAACUACUGAAUGUAACUUACGACAGCACGUCCAGGCCAGUAAAGUGGAGCCCAAGAGAUGGUAUUUUUGCUGGAGUUGACUUAGAAUAUGAUAGAAACAGCAGAUUGAUUAGUUGGACUUGGGGCGAUCUCACUGAAACUUAUGGAUUUGACAGAGAUGGCAGGUUAUAUGAAAUUAAGUACAGCGAUGGAACCUCGAUGGUCUACGCAUUCAAAGACAGGUUUAGUAGUCUUCCAUUAAAAGUGACCACGCCUCGAGGAAGUGACUAUCUUCUACAAUAUGAUGAAGCUGGGGCCCUUCAAUCACUUACGACACCGAGAGGACACAUCCACGCUUUCUCUUUGCAGACUUCACUUGGAUUUUACAAAUAUCAAUACUACUCGCCGAUGAACAGACAUCCCUAUGAGAUUUUAUACAACGAUGAUGGGCAGAUUCUUUCCAAGGUUUAUCCACAUCAGAGCGGUAAAGUCGCUUUUGUAUAUGACCAGAAUGGAAAACUGGAAACUGCUCUUGCUGGAAUUUCUUCUAUUCACUAUGCGUACCAGGAAACAACCAGUCUAGUUCAUAGCAUUGACAUUAAUGAGCCCAACUUUGAGAUGCGGUUUGAAUACAAAUACCAUGCAGGUAUCAUUAAGGACGAGAAAAUAAAGUACGGAAGUAAGAGUGGCUUGGAUAAUGCCCAUUUUCGCUAUCAAUACGACGGAAAUGCGCGUAUUUCAGGUAUAGAUGUUGACAUAAGCGGAAAGCAACUUCAACCUAUCCGAUUGAAAUACAAUCAAAAUUUGGGCGUCCUCGAAGGUGUGAACGACUUAAGAAUCUACAGAAAUGUCUUUAAUCGAUCUGUCAUGCAAGACAGUAGUAAACAGUUCUUUACUGUCACGGAUUACGAUGACCAUGGUCGUGUGAAAACCAUUCUAAUCAAUGUUAGAUCCAUGGACGUAUUUCGUAUGGAGUUGGAUUACGAUAACCGUAACCGUAUCAAGAUAAGGAAGCUAACAAUAGGAAAGGAAUCUGUGGAGAAAAACGAAUGGUCCCGAAUUGACAAGAUCACAUACAACGCCGAUGGACAUGUACUUGAAGUAGCUAACACGGAUAAUAAUUGGCAAUAUGCUUAUGAUGAAAAUGGAAAUAUUAUUGGUGUAACUGAACAUAAUGAGAAGAUAUCUCUCGGGUAUGAUAGCGGAGACCGAGUGAUUCAAUACGGAGACGUUGAAUUUAAUUCGUAUGAUGACAGGGGUUUCGUCGUGAUACGAGGAGAACAUAAAUAUAGAUACAAUUCGAAAGGCCAGUUAAUCCACGCCUCGGAACAUAAAAAAUUUCAAAUUUGGUACUUCUACGAUGACCGCGGUAGAUUAGUAGCAUGGAACGAUGAUCGAGAGAAUAUUACGCAGUUCUUCUACGCUAAUCCAAAGACCCCAGAUUUAUUAACACAUGUACACUUCCCUAAACUGCAAAAGACAUUCCGUUUCCUGUACGAUUCCAGAGGCUUUCUGAUGACCGUAGAAACGUCUGAGCAGCGAUUCUACGUCGCAACAGACCAAAACGGCUCACCUCUUGCUCUUUUCGACACAAACGGAAAUCUCUACAAGGAAAUGCGUCGCACACCAUUUGGAAAAAUGAUAAAAGAUACAAAUCCUGACUUCUACCUGCCGAUUGACUUCCAUGGAGGUCUCUUUGACCCCAACACGAAGCUUAUAUAUCUGCACAAAAGACUGUAUGAUACGAUCGUAGGUCAAUGGAUGACACCAGCUUGGGAGCAAAUGGCUAAUGAAUUGACAACACCCACAGACAUCUUCAUCUAUCGCUUCAAAAACAACGAUCCCAUCAACCUAAAGCAGAACGUAGCUUAUAUGACUGACCUCGCUAGCUGGCUGAAGCUCUACGGCUAUGAUAUGUCUCUCAUGCUUGGCUCAGAGUAUACGAAGCAAAUGAUCUACCAACCCAGUGCAAUAGUUACGUCAUCCCAAUUAACUCCCGACUUCAGGGUCAUGUCUGGACUACAGUGCAUAGUAAACCGCGUGCACAACAAGUUUUCUGAUCUCGGAUUCGUGCCGAAACCUCUUCUUAAGCUUGAACCCAAGACUAGAAACUUGCUGCCCAGGGUAGCCCAUCGUCGCGCUGUCUUCGGUGAGGGCAUUCUUUUAUCCAGAGUCAGCGGUCGCGCCCUAGUAAGUGUCGUUGAUGGCGUCAACAAUGUAAUGCAAGAUGUAGUCACCUCCGUGUUUAAUAACUCGUACUUCUUGCCGCUACACUUUACUGUCCACGACCAAGACGUAUUUUAUUUCAUCAAGGACAACGCACUGAAAAUCAGAGAUGACAUGGAGGAGCUACGCCGUCUUGGUAGCAUGUUCAAUGUGUCCACGCACGAAACCACAGAACAUGGUUCAGGCAGCUGGAAGGAGUUACGCCUUCACAAUCCAGAUGCUGCCGUCAUUAUUAAAUACGGUGCUGAGCCUGAGCAGGAACGUCACAGAAUAUUAAAACAUGCGCAUAAGCGAGCAGUGGAACGAGCCUGGCAAAUAGAGAAGCAACUGGUGAUGGCCGGAUUCCAAGGAAGGGGAGAUUGGUCUAAGGAGGAGAAGGAUGAACUCAUCAGCCAAGGUGUGGUCAGCAGUUAUGAAGGCGUCGACAUACACAGCGUCCACAGGUAUCCUCAACUCGCAGACGAUCCCGGUAAUGUUGCGUUUACUCGAGAUACUAAACGAAAGAGGCGGAAGAGCGGCAACCGGCGGAACAGGGUUCACAGGCACGACUCGUGAUUCGUGGACUUUGAUUUGUGAGGAUUUCUAAGCAGAUGGCGGUUCGUAUUUUGAGGGAGAUCGUAAGCACUCUUCCUCGAAAAAAAUCUGCAUAAAAAGUGCCAUACGCUAUGAUUCCGUCGCAUUCUCGAGGAGGAAGACGAGCGGUGAUUCGUCGAGUGUCAAAAUUAAACUAGUCGCGUGCUAUGAGAGUUUGUAUAUGCUUUUUAUGAGAUGAUUGUUUUUUUGUCGUCCGAUAGAGCGCGCAAUUUGAUUUCUGAGACAGUUCACUCGCAUAACCAAACUCUGAACAAAACAGGGUCUAGGACGUGAGAUUACUUGUGAAAUAUUCGCAAGCGAGUGUAGGUGUUUCGUCCAUAUAAGAAAUACAUUUGACUACAGAGUCAGAGAUGCACAGGAAAUAUUUUUAACAAUUUAUACGCAUUUAUUGAUGAAAAUUUGUAGAAGAUGUAAAUAAACGAAUCAUAGGAAUUGUAGAUACUGCAGCGAAUUCCGUUUGACUGGAACUGUCGAUAACGCUUUUUUAUAUAUAAAAAAUGUAUGUGUAAAUCCACCCAGUGGUCCCAAGAAAAAAGUUCUGGAGAAGAGCGGAUACAAAUGAGGAUAAUAAGUUAUCAGGAACUCAUGACAAAAAAGCGUAGAAUGAUUUCCAAUCUGAUAUUCAAUGAUGUAUUUUGCUAAUAACCGUCGUAUGCAUCCGAUCCUCUCGGGAAAAUGAAUACAUAGUGUCACGGAAUACUUACGGUCAGAAGCCAGGAUGAAUUAAUAUAGCAGAUAAUUGUAAAUAAUUCAAUAUACAUAUUAGGAUAAAAUAAGCGAUAAAAUGUCAUACAUAGCAAAUAAAUUAGCCUAUAAUUAUUAAGUGACCUCUCGCAAUCACAUGAUACGAAGGAAGAGAGUUAUCGGAAUAACAUGCUGAGGUUCACAAACCGUAAAGAAUUAUAUAAUGUAUUCACCGUGAUAUGCGCGUCAGAAGAGUAAUGUCCAAAGGAAUAAUAAUAUUGAUAACGAUUAUAUUAUCUUACAAGAAUACCCCACCCUACCUUUCUACUGAUAAAGAAAAUGAGAAUUAUUUUUAGAAUUGCGCCAUCAAGAAAGUCAUCCUUCUAAUAUUAUGCCCUCGGGCUCUUCACUGCCUUAUAAUUGAAGUUGGAUUAGAUUAGUUAGGCGUAUCAUAUCAGUUUCCUUGUAUUUUUAGAAGUCACGUGUUUUUCAUUUUUUCAUGCAUAAAAUCGUUAAAAGACAAAUUAAUUCUAAAAAUGAAAAGCUUACAUUAUAACAUUAAAACGUGGAAUUAUUUCCAUAUACUUCCAGUAACGCAAUGUACUAAGAGUCAUUAAGGAAAAAACGGCACAGACUUACUUUAAAACAAUCACGAAGUCCUACAAAAAUCGAAGGAACUGGAAUCCAGAAUUUCAUUCCUCUUGCCUCAUGACGCUACAGUUUAUUUUCUAAUUUAUUAUGUCGAAUGAAUAACUUGGUCUGAAUAACGUUAUUUGCCUUUUUUAUAUAUUGCUAUAACAGAGUGACUGGUUUUUAUUUCGAUCCAGCAUUCAUUACAUGGAGCUCCCUAUCACCUUUUACCCGCAACAUCCACCCUCAUGGUAAACGAUGUAAACGAAGUCAGUGUUAAAUAGAUAUUUGAAACUUAGAAUCAUGCGCUAAUGAUUGCUCAAGCGAUCAACAGCACUGAAAAAGUAAUAGAAAGUGAAAGCGAGCCAACAUUAGAGCCACGUCGCUCUACCAAAGUUGUGUUCUACGUAGAUAUAUAAUAAGCUAAUGAUACAUAACUAUAACUGCUAACGUAAAUAAUAAACGACGAAAUUGAGAAAUUAUAAUUACGGAUAAUGAUGUGCUAAUGAAACGGCAAAAUAGUAAUCACAACUGUACCGCUGUACAUAUCUGUUUCUGUAUAGCCAACAGUAAUAUCCACACAGGAUGUAGAAUUGUUGUAUUCUGUACUUUGUAUUUUAUAGCGUCUUCUUACACACCUCGACAGGAUCUGAUCAACGUUCGAGCCCAAGGAUCGAGACGUCUGUGAUCCUUUUUUAAAUGCGAAAUCUUUUAAAACAGAGUCUUUUAUUUCAUUAAUUUAUUGAAUAAAAUAUUUACGAAAA